UUACAAGUUGGCUUAAUUUUCCAUGUGAGUGACGUCCCUUGUGUGUCCCAAAAUUCCUAUCGUCAACGCCGCCAUGAUUGACGCUUUGACAGGUGACAAAGCCAACCAAAGGUGUACGAGACGAAUUGUAAACAAAGAGUGCUGCUUGAAAUUUAACUCCUGAGAUUAUCCACCGUGUUGUGAAAGUAAUAUACUGGUGAAAUUAUUAUUCUUCAGUUGAUCUGAACUCCACUUAAAAAGGCCACUUCACCUAUUUUGCUUUUCGAAUAGAUAUCAAUAGCGCAGGAACGGACGUCGAUCACUUCUAACCAAGAGUAAGAGCCAAGAUGAGUUCGGAUGCCAAACCGUCGUCAAAGAAGAAAGAAGGAUUUUUGCGGAGACAAGCCAAGUCCAAAACAGAUGUUGUUUCCGAGGAAGAGCUAUUGAAAAAAGACAUUAUAUCGCCAGACGAUGUGCUUAGAUUGGGAAGAAGUACAGAAAAGUACCUGUGUCCUCCAGAAGCAAACGUCUAUGGGAUUGACUUCACCAGGUUCAAGCUGCGAGAUAUUGAAUCAAACCAGGUUCUUUUUGAAGUUGCAAAGCCACCUCAUUCUUAUGAAUUAGAGGAAAAUGAAGAACCAGAUCUGCCCGAGCCUGAAGAGGAUCCAAACUCUGGACGCUUUGUUCGCUAUCAGUUCACCCCACAGUUUUUGAAGCUCAAAACAGUUGGUGCAACUGUGGAGUUUGUGGUUGGAGACAAGCCAGUGAACAAAUUCCGAAUGAUUGAGAAACACUACUUCAGAGACAGAGUCCUAAAGUGCUUUGAUUUUGAGUUUGGCUUUUGCAUCCCUCACAGCAGGAACACAGUGGAGCAUAUAUACGAGUUUCCCAAGCUCAGUGAUGAUAUGAUUGAAGAAAUGAUGGAACACCCGUACGAGACUCGCUCUGACAGUUUCUACUUUGUGGAGGAUCGUCUCAUCAUGCACAACAAGGCAGACUAUGCUUACAACGGUGGAGCCCCUCAGUCCUAGUGGCCACUGGCUUCUGCUCCCAUUGGCCUGCCUUCUCUUCUCACCCACGGUUACUGCUACCCUCGGCAGGAGCGAGGACUUGAUGAAAAAAUGUUUAAAUCUUAAAGAAGCAGAAAUAAUUCCAGACCAGUGCAAAUUAUUGCCCGCCUACAUCAUCCCAUCCUUCUGUAUGCUAGAUUCCUAUAUUUAUAUUACUUGACAAGACCACUGGAUAAUGUGGGGGGGUAUUGUUAGACCAGGACACGCCCAUUCCUCUUUUUGCUUUCUGAUGUGCCUAUUUCCAAAAUUUUCGUUUCAUAUGUGUGUUUGGGAUUGACUGUGGUGAGUUUGCCUUGUGAUCAAUUAAUCAGGGGGUGGAGAGGGGUUAGUUUUCUUUUCCGCGGGUAAAGGGGUUACCAUGAAUGACGUCUGCCUAAUUAUUGUGAAGUGUCCAACCACUGUUUACCAUGCAUGCCUAUAUUUUGUCACCCAAUUUUUAUGCUGCAAUUGCAGGGUUUUUUUGGUUUGUUUGUUUUGUUGUUGUCGUUGUUUUGGGGGCGGGAGGUGCUAUUGUAAGUUUACAGUCAGAAGAUUAUGACAGAGUGGCACCUUUUGAAACGGCAGGCAAAAUUUUUACAGUGAGGUUUUUUUUCUACUUAGAGGUUGUUGGGGGUUUUUUUCUUUCCACUUGUGUAUAUUUUUUAUUUUAUUUUAAGCUUUUUUUUUUCCUUAGGUUUGUGACUGUUCCCUUUACAUUUUCGUUUUGUCCUUUGAUGACAGUGCACAAGCUAAGCUAAGCAAGGUCAUAGUGGACGGCCAGAUUUUUAAAAAGAUAUUGUUGAAUCAAAUUACAAAGUUAUGAUAAGAGAUAAAUAUGUACAAUAUUUCUGAUCUGAAUUGCACAGUAUAAGAUAACCUUUUUGUCAUCUAUUUUGGUAUGGGGGGGGGGGGGUUUAAAAUGAACUGUUGCCCAGUUGGUACUGUCGUCAAUAAUAUUGUCGAGGCUCUCACUUUGAAAUAGUGAGAAUUGUAUUUUUUUCCUUUCAUUGGCAUAGUUAUUGUGUUUUUUUACUGACUUCUUUCAAAAGCAUACUCCACAUAUCUUUUUUGAAUUUAUAAGCGGAUAGAUCAUGCGUGAGAUGUUCUUCUGAAACCGUUCUCUGUGCAUUUAUCGUUGUCGUCAUGAAUGUGUGAACACUGGGGACAAACAAAAGCUAAUAUGAUAUGAGCACUACGAUAUUUUUGCUUGUUUUACACCAGAUCAGGUCCAAUUCAUGUUUAGGUGUUUGCAAGUCUGUUGUAGUUUCAUUGAAUAUUUGCUUGAUGUUUAUGGAAAUAUAAAUGUUGUGCAAUAUAAUCAAUAAUUUCUCUAUUUGAUCUAACCCCUGACAUUUCUAGCUCAUCAUUCUCCAUGUGUACUUAUACUUCUCAGUAGUAUUUGGCAUGGUGCAAACAAUCGAGACAGAUUAUACUUUGUUCUUUCCCCAGCCUUUGUGUUUCACAUUGUUUGUGUAGCACCCAUUUUGAAUUAAAUAAAAAGCUUGUCUUAAAGUUACUUUAGGGGUUGCUAUCACAUAGAUUCUAGAGGGCGGGGGGGGGUACAUCAGACCCCAAGGAUAUUAUUUUCAUGUCGCUCAUUGUCUGAACAUUUUUGUUUAAAUGUGUAGUGUUAAGUAACAAGAGCUGAUACUCAAGUAUUUUUCCUCGUUUCAAAGCUUUCUGACAGAUUAGAUGUUGGGUCAUAAUAUAAGGAGCCUGAAAAGUAAAACUCUUUUCUGACUUAUAAACCAGCUAUUUAGAAGUCAUUUUAUUGAUAUAAUGUAUUGUGCGUGACAGCAGUAUUCCUCUUUGCUUCUUUUAGACGACAGUCUGUGUUGCUCCGUCCAUGCUUAAAAGCAGUCUAAUCAUUUACACAGCUUUACCCACAGAGACCACGUUGGCCUAGAUUUGUACCAGGUCAUUUACGUGGCAGUGUUUCUUUCACUUGUGCUUUUUUUUGGAGGGGGUUUUCUCUCUCUCUCUCUCUCUGUACAGGUAGUUUUAGCUGACAACUCUGGUCAUUUUAUGUAUUCUAUCAGCACCAUUUUUCAUGGUGAUUGCAUUAUGUCUCCAAAAUAUUUAUGAUCAUUAUUUUGAAAAGUUUUGAUACAGUGUGAAUUCAGAAUCAUUCUCGAUUAUUUUGAGGAUCUUGAAAGACAACUCAUAUAUGGGCUCCUUGAACAGUCUUUACAUACCGGUAUAAGAAUAUCUUUGAACUAGUUGUCUGUGCAGGCAAAGUCCUGUACUUUCUUUGGUUAUGUAUUGCAUCUAGAGAAAAUGUCGGGUCCGAAAGAGUGAGUUGUAAUUUUCAAAUUGUGUCAUGUUCUACUUGGGGACCAGAGCCAUUUUUGUCAUGGAAACCACACUGUAAAAGAAGGAAAGUAAAAA